ACGCGGCGGCGCGUGAGGCCCGUUGGGAGUCCGUUAGGCCGAGCGGCCGGGGCCGGGGCUGCGGCCUGGGCCCCGCCAUGGACGGUGAGGAGCUCGUCCCGUGUCCCUACGACAAAAGCCACCUCAUCCGGGUGUCCCGGCUGCCCUACCACCUCGUCAAGUGCCAGCGGAACAACCCGCAGGUGGCCCGCACGCUGGCCACCUGCCCCUUCAACGCCAGGCACAGGGUGUCCCAGGGCAAGCUGCAGAGCCACGUCGCCUCCUGCCCUGACAAGCGCCAGACCGACCUCCCCCACGAGAUGGACGUGUCCCUCGGCAAGAGGAUGAAGCAACCGGAGGUCCCCACGGCCUGGCAGCCCCCCCCGUGCCAGGAGGACUGGGACGCUGAGCUGGAGGACCUGGAGGACCGCCCGCCGUUCAUCUUCAACAUCAGGGAGAAUAACCUGCUCCUCCCAUGCGACAGCUCUGCCCCACCAGCACCCACAAGCUGGAGCCAAGGCAGGGGAGCCACAGGACACCCUGCGACGGGUGAGAAGCAGUGGGCACAGGAGGGACCGCGGACAGUGGCGGCAGGACCAGGGCAGUGCCCGUCUCUCCCCCAGGACUGAGGGGACCACUGUGCCGGGGGGGCUGUGCCCCUUCGGCUGCUGCUGCUGCGGGGAGUGAUCGUACCCACAGUGGGAUGUCUCUGGGCGCUGGGGACCCCACAGAGCCCCCGCCGUGCCGGGAGGUGAGGAGAGCUUGGAGGAGGCGACGGAUUUGGGGCGAGCAGUUUCAUGUGUGCUUCGAACCGUGCCAAUAACGGCCUUGCAACACUUGCCGGGAGUUUUUGCUCGGAGGGUGGAUCCAGCCGGUGAUGAAACACCCCGUGUGCCCCCACCCUCGCACGGCUCCCGCAGCCCCGGAGAUUCCUGCCGAGACCCCCCCGGUACAGGCAGGGGUGACCAGCGCCACGUGGAGAUGCGGAGCUCUCAUUGGGAUCCCUCCUUCCUGCCGAGAUUUGGCUCUCGCUACCCACUCGGGGACGGAUCCUGCCCCAGAGUGGGCACCUCCAGGGCUUGGCCCCAGCUCCUCCGGCAGCCGGGCUCCGCAGGGCGAGCGGGACUCCUUAAGGCAGGAAAUUAGGCGGAAAAACAACAAAUGCCCAGAAACAGCGGGGCCGGGUGAGGAGGGCUGGGCAGCGUCCGGCCCCCACCUCGCCGCUCGAGCACUAAAACUGCUGUU